GCUGUUCUUGUUGAGACAGGAGCACUAGGAGGUAAUUAGCAGGUGGUCUCGGCUGCUCAGCAGAGACUCCAGCACACCGGGUCCUGCUCCACAGGAACAUGCUGUGGAUGCUUCUGACUCUCAUGUCUGUGGGGGCUUUACCCCUGCGCCCCCCUGACCUUCCUCCUCAGCCUCCAACUGGACUGUCCGAAGCGGACCAGAAGUUUGCAGAGGAAUAUCUACAACACUUCUACAGCUACCAGUCUGAGUCCAACAGACAAAAGAGGGCAGCAGAAUCUGACAAGGAUUUGGACCAGAAGACUGGUCUUAAAGAAAACAUGAAGAAGAUGCAGCAUUUCUUUGGUUUGCUUCCCAGUGGAGAACUUGAUGCAGAGACUCUUGCGGUUAUGAAAAAGCCACGAUGCGGCCUGUCAGAUGUGGAGAAGUUUGGAGACAAAUUUCGCUGGAAAAGUUCUACAGUCAGCUACAGGAUUCCAGAUGAACACCUCCCGUUCCCAGCUCCACAGAUCAACAGAGUGUUCAGGGCAGCACUGAAGCUCUGGUCAAAUGUUGCUCUGCUUAAGUUUCACCGGAGGAAAUGUAAAAAUGCUGACAUUAACGUUGCUUUUGUCAGUGGCGAUCAUGGAGACGGAGCAGUGUUUGAUCAGAGAGGUGGCGUUCUGGCUCACGCCUUCCUGCCGAGCGCUGACAUCGGAGGAGAUGUGCACUUUGAUGCUGAUGAAGAGUGGAGUCUGAAUUCUACUGGUACCAACCUGUUUGUUGUAGCAGCUCAUGAGUUUGGCCAUGCACUUGGCCUUCCACACUCAGCUGACAUCGGAGCCAUCAUGUUCCCAGCAUACUACUCUGAACCCAAUUAUACCCCCCAGCUGUCUUUUAGUGAUGUCAGAGACAUCCAACAGCUCUACGGUACAAAUCCCAGAUUUAAUUCCCGACUCUCCAAAUGGUCUCCUCCAAGAACACCUGAAAAAUGUGACCCGGAUCUGUCCUUUGAUGCAGUAACAGGGUUACAGCAGGAGCUCGUGUUUUUCAAAGACAGAUUUAUGUGGCGCAAACAUGAACAUUUUAUUGAAACAAGGAUGUCGUUGAUCAGCAGCUUGUGGCCACACCCCAUCCCCUCUUCUUUGGAUGCUGUGUAUGAAAAUGUGGAAAUGAACUUCCUUUUGUUUUUCAAAGGUUCUCAGUACUGGAAGAUGAGGCAGUCAAUAGUUCAGGAAGGUUUUCCCAGAAACAUCUCAGACCUGGGCUUCCCUUCCAGGGUACUGUCAGUGGAUGCUGCUCUUCACUUCAGAGAAGAACAAUAUACUGUGUUUUUUACUGGAUAUGAAUGUUGGAGGUACAACGAAAAGCAGAGCGUGAUGGAAGGAUCACCCACGCUCAUCCAGGAACAGUGGCCUGAGAUCCCAGCUCCGAUAGAUGCUGCUGCUUUCUAUCAGG